AUGAUUCAUAGUUUAUUUAUUAUAAAUUCUGCUUGGUAAGUUUAUUGCUCUUUGCUAUAAUAAUGUGAUCGGACGCCUACAUUUUAUUAGAAUUAUUUUACCUGGAGCAUAUAUUUUACGAAAUGUGAAUCCAUAGAAUUAUUUUAUAUUAAUAAUACGGUUUUGAACAUAAAAUGAAUGGAAUUACACAAUGUUAUACAGAUAUUAGAACUGACAUUUUACAGAAUUUUAGUAUUCAAAUAAAUUUCUGUUCAAAGAAUCUAAUGUAAUUAUUAUACAUAUUUGUUCAAAUUUUUAUAAUUCCAGUAAAUAUUUGUUUCUGUAAAAAAAUAGGAGAUCCAAUAAAUGUCUACUCUAAGUAAAAUAAUUUGAAUAUUAUUAAAUACUUUUAAGGAUUCUGGAUUAGUAUUUAAUGAAUGAUUUGUUUUAAAAAUGUCAGCCGAAAGAAUAAUAUUAAUAUUUAUUUAUUUAACAAUGCGCAUUGGUGUAAAAACAAGUUGUGUCAAAUUCAAUUUAAAGAAAUAAUUUAUUUUUAAUCUAUAUACUUAGUUAUGAUAUUAUGCAAAUUUAAAAUUAUGUUUUGAAGAUAUUUUUGUAGUAAUUAAUAAUUGGUUCAAUUUCAACAAUUGUUUAUGGUACUGUUGUAUUAAUUAAUUACAUAUUAUAACUAUGCUAUAUUUUAUUUGAUUACUUGUAUUUGUUUGUGUUGAAAAAUAAUACAAAUGUUUACUAAUUUAGUAUUUAACAUUUCCCAGUGAUGUUUUUAUAGAAAAGCAUUGGAAAAGUAUUAUAUCUCGAUCAGUUUGUGAUUACUUUUUUGAUCAACAUAGAAAAGCAAUCAAUCCAGAAGAUAUUCCUCCAGUUAUAGCUACACCACAUCAUUAUUUAAUCAGUAUCUACCGUUGUGGUCUUUAUUUUGUUGCUGUUUGCAUGACUGAAGGUUUGAAUUAAUAUUAUAAAAAUAUAAUAUAAUCUAAUAUCAAUUAAUUACAAUGCUUGUAUGAUUACAGUACCACCAUUAUUUGUUAUUGAAUUCUUACACAGAGUAGUUGAUACAUUUGAAGAUUAUUUUUCAGAAUGUUCCGAAAAUAUUGUUAAAGACAAUUAUGUAGUUGUUUAUGAAGUAAGUUAAUUAUUAUUGAAUGCCUACCUUGGUAAUUCAUUAAUUAUUUAUUUAUAAUUUUUAGCUUUUGGAUGAAAUGCUAGACAAUGGAUUUCCAUUGGCUACUGAAUCAAAUAUCCUGAAAGAACUUAUUAAACCUCCUAACAUUCUUCGAACAAUUGCAAAUUCUGUCACAGGGAAAUCCAAGUAAUAAUUGUAUAAUUAUUAUAGUAUUUAUACUAUAAAUUUAUUUUUAUGUUUCAAAAUCCAACUAUUUUAGUAAUAUUUGUGUAUUUUGUUUUUCAGUGUUAGUGCAAUAUUACCAAGUGGUCAAUUAUCCAAUGUUCCAUGGAGGAGAUCUGGUGUAAAAUAUACUAACAAUGAGGCUUAUUUUGAUGUAAUUGAAGAAGUGGAUGCUAUUAUCGAUAAAGGUGGUUCUACAGUGUUUGCUGAAAUUCAAGGAUAUGUAAUACAUUUUUUUUUUAUUAAAUAUUUUCACUGAAAUUAUUAUUAGAGAAUAUCAGUUUUUCAAACAAAAUAAUUUAUUUAAUGAUUUGUAUGUACAGAAGAGUUUAUUUUAUAACUAAUAACAUAUAGCACACUCCAAAUUUUAGAUUAUUUAAACAAUAAAAUAUUUGUAUAGUGAUAAUUAUAAAAAAAAUGAAAAAAAUGAAAUAAAAAUAUUGAAAUAUAAAUGAAUAUAUUAUAUAUAUAAUUAUUAUAAUAAUAUAUUAUAUAAUAUAUUUAUUCAUAAUAUAAUAAUUUAAAAAAUAUUUUAACAUUUUUUAUAAAAUUAUUUGAAUUUGUACCAAAAUUAAUCUGUGAGGUAAUGAGUCAAUGUAGUAAAAACACUACUUAGUAUUAGUUUAAAAUAGAAACUAUCUGUGAAAAAGUAAUGAUAUCCUUAAAAUUAGUUAUGUGCUGAUUUUCUACUAAUAUUUCCAGCGCAAUGAAACAUAAUAUUUGAUUAGAUUUGUUGUUUUUCUUCUUCUUAUCUAUCCUUCUAUCAAUUUGGUGUUAUCUAUCUUGGUCCUAAAUCUCUAUUUGACUCAGUUAAGAACAUUAUCAAUGCAUACCCCAGUCCUUGUAUCACUAUUAAUUGCAUCUAACCAAUUCCUUUUCAGUCUUCCUCUCCUUCUCCUUUCUUCCAUAUUCUAAUUUAAAUUUGAAAAUGAUUUUAGUUAAAUAUAUUACGAACUUACUUCUUGAAAUUAUGUUGGUACAUAUUAAUAUUUUUAGUUUUUUGUUAGUCUAGAUUGAGAAAAAUAAAUCUUAUUCAGUAAAUUUUUAAAUUUUUAAACACAUACAUGAUAAUUUAUAAUUAUAGUUUAAACAUUUUAUUUGUGUAUAUAUAUUUAUGUAUUGUAUAUACAUUUUUUAUUCUUUUUAUGCUUAAGAUUGAUUGCAGUAUUAAACUUACUGGGAUGCCUGAUCUAUCCUUAUCAUUUAUGAAUCCUCGUCUUUUUGAUGAUGUGAGUUUCCACCCUUGUGUAAGGUUUAAAAGAUGGGAGGUAAUUUAUAUCUACUUAUAUGUUUAUUGCAUAUUUAUAUUACAUAUUUAAUGGAUUCAAUUUGUUUUUAUGAUUGCAGUCUGAAAGAAUUUUAUCAUUUAUACCUCCUGAUGGUAAUUUUCGUUUAAUGUCAUAUCAUAUUGGGUCUCAAGGAAUAGUUGCUAUUCCAAUUUAUAUAAGACACAUUUUAUCAUUAAAAGAAGCUACUACAGGUAGUGGCCGCCUUGACAUUACAGUUGGACCAAAACAGACUUUGGGAAGAACAGUAUGUGUUCAUAUUAUUAUUAAAUAUUUGUCAGUAUUAUAUUUAAAUUUUAGUAUACAUUUUUAGAUUGAAAAUGUAGUCAUAGAAGUACCUAUGCCAAAAAGUGUAUUAAAUUGUACACUUAUCCCUAAUCAGGGUAAACAUUCAUUUGAUCCAGUUUCUAAAGUAUUGACUUGGGAAGUUGGCCGAAUAGAAACUACAAAACUUCCAAACAUAAGAGGAACUGUGAGAAUCUUUAUUUAGAUUAUUGUAAAUGUUAUUAAAUGGUAUUCUAUUGGUUUUUAUUUGGAUUUUAGAUUAGUCUGCCAGUUAGCACAGUUGUUACAGAUUCAAAUCCUGUUAUUAAUGUGUGUAUAAAUUAUAUCAUUCAAUACAUUCAAUUAUAUCAAUUUGUUAUUAUUAUUAUAUAUUUUAUACUUAUAGGUGAAAUUUACUAUCAAUCAAUUAGCAUUAUCUGGUCUAAAAGUAAAUCGUCUUGAUAUGUAUGGUGAAAAGUAUAAGCCAUUUAAAGGUGUUAAAUAUAUUACCAAAGCUGGAAAAUUUCAAGUGAGAAUGUAAUGUGUUAACAUAAUAAAUAUACAUUUUUAAAAGCAUUUUAUAUUAUAUAUUUUCAAAUAUUUUUAAAUUUUAUUUUAAAAUUAAAUGUUGUUAUGACCUUCCAUUUCAUGUUUAUGUUAUUUGUUAACAAAUUGUUGCUAUUAUGUAAUUUUUAUAGAUCUUAAUUAGGAAUAUUGAUAUUUAAAACUUUUCCAUUCUUUUUAAUUUUUUAAUAUUUGAAUGCUAAUGUCAAUUAUAAGUAUUGGUGAUUAUGUAAAUAUUAAUGGAUAGUUUGUAAAAGGAUUAUUUAAAAAAAUGCAUAAUUAUAGAAAUUACUUGUAAUUUGAUAUUUAUUUUAUUUUGUCUAAUACUUAUUUACUAAAAACAAAUAUUCAAUAAUUCAAAUUAAUUGUUUUAAGUGAAAUAUAGAAAUACCAGUAAUUAAUUUUAUUUCAGCUCUUUUCUUCAAAUUUUCAAUUGCUAGUUACAUAAUACAGUAAAACCUCUAAAGCGAACACUCGUUGAGAUGAAAGAAAUAUUGAGAAAAAAAAAUACCUCGCAAAUUAAUAUAGUUGAACCAAUAACACUUUUUUCCUAUAUUCAAUAUUACAUUAUAAAACUUAUAUAUUUGUUUAAAACCAAUAAUUGAUAUAAAUCGUAGUUUACAGAAGUUUGUUCAGAACGUCUAUAUCAUUAUAACCACCAUCAUUACAUUAUCAUUACCACUAUUAUUACAAAUUGAUAUGCGACAUUGUAUUUGUUUUAAUAUUGAUACUAAAAUCAAGAUAUUUAAUGAUUAAAAGCCUUUCUCUAAUUAUAAUUUAGUACAUAGUGGAGCAAACUAAUAUUUAAAAUUCAAAACCCUCAGAAUGAAGUACUUUCUUAGUUCGAUUUUCUUUCAGAAAAAGUGCUAUCAUUCUUAAUUGGAGCCAAAUUGCCGGUAGAAAAGUUGUUUACAGGAACACAAAAGCAGUAAUACUUUUUUACUAAUACCUACAUUUUGUAUAUUUUCCUGUUUUCCUCGUGUUUUUUCCCGUUUAUUAGGAAAAUCAACAAAUAAUCACCCUAAAGUACCACCCCAGUCAGAUUUUUUUUUUUUUAAAAAAAGUGAUAUUGUAAAUUGGAGCAGAAGAACUGGUAGAAAAGUUGUCUACAGAAAAAAAACCAUCCAUCAUUGUAAAACUAAUACAUUCGUUGCUCCACUCAGAAUCUAAAAUUACAAGGCAACUGAAAGUAAAUAGAAGUCAAGUUGUUCAUUAAUAAAUUAUAAUUUUGUUUUUCGGAAGUAUAAUAAUUGGUGACUGAUGUACUGUACAGCACUAUGGCGUGGCGUCAGGUAUCGCACGGUAAUUUUAAUUACACUGUUUGAUUUUUGCUGAUUGAAAAUAUGGUUAUACUGGAACUCUGGCUUCUCACAUUAUUUAUCAUGCAUAAUAUAUUUUACUAUUUCAUCAUCAACUAUUACUUAAUACUUAUUGGAUUGGAUCUAUACAAAAAAUAGUGCAAAUUAAAAUCAAAUUAUUAGUUAAUACUAUUCUAUAAUUUAUGAGUUUAUGAACAACUACAAUAUAAAGUAUAAACUGUACUUGUAAAAAGACGGACAUUCUUCCAAUGACGGGUGGGCCACUGUUGUAGGUGAGAAGUUGGGAUAUAGAGAGCAAUUUAGUGUAUAAAAUGAAAAACGAUUCUGAGCGGAGUUCAGUUUUACAUAUUUUAAAAGACCGUAGUAUUUUAGAUUUUCGUCAAAAUUUUGUUAUUUAUAUUCUUGUAGGUAAAAACAAAAUUCUACAUUACAAUCAAUUUUUUUUUUUAACCACAAUGUAUGACUUAAAGUGAACCUCUUGUUAAGUUUUCAAGUAUUUCUGUUUAGUUUGAACAUUUUAUCCACAGAGUACAUACUGAACAAAAGAUUUUUGGUAGAAAUUACUACAAUUUUUUAUUUUGGGGUUGUGAGUUAUGGAAAUAUGGUCCAAAUUCAUUGGAUUAAAUUGAAGUUUACUUUACAAAGUAUAAAUUUAAAAAUUAUAAUAGAAUGAAUAGUCUUUUUGUUAUAAACUCCUCUACCAAAAGAAAAAAAAAUUAUUUAAGUACCUACUACUUUUAAUAUGUAUUAAAAGUAAAUAAUAAAUAAAUGUUUAUUUAACCAAUUACCUACAUUUAGUAUUCUAAACAAUUUCAUAUUAUUUUGAGAGGUCCUGUGCAUAAAAAAAAUUAUCAAGAUUUAACACAUACCUAUAUGUUAAUAAUUAUCUACAUUGUUUAUUAUCUUCCUAACAUGAAAAAAAAAAAAUUCCAAGGGUAAAAUUGAAUGAUUUCAAAGGAAACUAUCGGUCAAUGUUAAUGAAUUAUUUGAUAAUGUUUCGUGCAUUGAUAUUAUUAGAGGAUUUCACAUUGAUAGUAUUCAAAUUAAGCUGAUCAUUAAUUUACAUUUUAAAAAAAAUAUGAAAUAGAUAACAUUUAACAGAAUUUACAGCAAAAGAACUUAAACCUAGAAUCUACAGUAAACAAAAUAUUAAGUUUAGACAAAUAUCACCAAAAUGUAACAAAAUUUGUGGAAAAAAAAAGCAUCAAUUGUGGUCACAAGUGUUGUAAAAAUUAAAAUGUCUACACAUAUCUAUCCAGCAAAAGGAAUAAGAAUGCACAGGGUCUGAUUAAUCAAUAGGCUAACAUAUAAUUUUUACUAAAAUAAUUUUUAUUGAAAUUUGAUAUUAAAAUUCUUAUAAAAAAAUAUACCUACUACCUAUAUUAAAUUAAUUUUUUUUUUUUUGACCCCAAUGUACGACUUAUAAUUAAUCUCCUAUUCAACUUUCAAGCAUUUCUCUUUUUCCAAACAAUUUUAUCUAUAGAGUACCUAUGAAAUAAAAAUUACUCAUAAAACUAAAAUGUCCAAAUAACUUAAAUAUGGCUCAAAUGUUUUUACAGUUUUACCACGUAAAAAUAAGUGAGUAAGUUUUCUACCCAAAUUCCAUGUCGACGAAUAUUUUUAACUGAAUUACAACAAAUAACAAAAUUUAAAAUAAUAAAAAGCAUUAUUUUAGUAAAUUUCCCGUUUUUCUUACAUUUUUUCCGGGGUUUUCCAAGAUAUUAUGAAAACCGUUUGGCAAAUCAAAAAUUGGCCUAAUAUUAAUCGUCAAGUCAACCUCAGACUGGUUUAUCUAUUUACAGACUAUCUACUGGUCGGAUAUCCAUUAAUCAGCCACGAGAAUGCAAACUGAAUAAUUGGUAAACUCAUUCAUAAUAUGGAGCAAGACUGAACAAGAUAUUCCAACCAACAAAUGUAAAAAAGGCGGGUAAGAUAAAACAAUACUAUACUGUAAAAUGUAGGUAAUAAAAUAAACUCAUUGAAUAUAUUAAAUUUAAUAAUAAUAUUUCGGGGGUAGAAUAUUACUAUUAUAGUAAAGUUAUAUGUUACGCUUCAGUACCUAUCAAAAAUAUUGCGAACCUUUUAUACCUAUAAUGAGCUACAAAAAUACCAAAUAAUUAAAAGUAGAGAGAUUAUAAUUUUUUAAAUUUUAAUAAUAAUUGAUCAACAAAAUUGUAUUUUAUUUACUUUUCUAUGAUGUUCACCUAUUUAUAAACUCAGACGUUUCUUAAUCAAAAUUGUUUUGAUUCUAAGUACAAUAAGGAAUGUAUUGGUUCUGCUAUAUGUGAUUUUAUUAAUUUGUAAACAUUAUUUUUCUACUAGGAAUCUUGCUUAAAUCAAUAAAUUCGAUAAGAGAACUUUUUUGUAGCAUUUUAGGUUUAGUUGGUUAAUUUCAUUAAUUUUAGCGAGACAUUCAUUUGUAGGUUUUUUCUAGUGUCCCGUUCAAACACUGGACAUGUUUUUCUCGGGACAGUUGGAAAUAACUAAUUUAUCUUUUUUUAAUGUACAAAUGAUUAAAUCUAGUAUAAUCACAUAAAUAUAAAUCUAUAAAAAUCAAAAACAAGAAAAAAGUCCCAAUUGAUAGGUAGUACCUAAUUAGUAGUACCAGUACUUAAGUAUUUAAGUAUUAGUAGUAAUAGUAUUGAUUAGAUUAGUAGAUACAGAAGUAUUAUAUGAAAUGUAUAAAGACUAUAUUUAAGCAUUUUGUAUUAAAUAAAUGUAUUUAUAAAUAAUAAUCUUAAAUUCAAAAUAAUAUUAGGUGAAAUUUUAAGAGAGGUAAGUACCUUCUGUUCACCUAUAUGAAUAGAUGGCUAUUAUGGCAUCACAGGUUCUUGUUAUUCGGUGUUAAUAUCGUUUUUAUCCGUUUCAGGAAGUUCAUCUAUUAUUUUAUGGAUCAUUUUUAGGCAUAAAAUACCUAUUAUCCAGUAUCCAGUAUCCACUAUAGCAGCGGUUCUUAAACUGUGCGGCAGUUAACAAGGGAGGCGUGGCGCGAGGUUGGAAUUUUGUACAUAUAGUUAUUUUUAGAUCAAUUAUACGUCCGAUAACAAUUUUAUAGAAACGAUUAUCUUAUCUUAUCCAUCCGAUUCUUCACUACGAAUGCAAUUUUCUUCAUAUUCACUUUUAGGAUUUUGGAACAGUAUUAAAGAUGAAUAUCAUGAAGUUAGCAACAAAACUUUAGGUAUAUUAAUACCAUUUGCCACAUCAUAUUUGUGUGAAGUAGGAUUUUCAGCAGUAGCCGUAUUAAAAUCAAAUAUCGGUCCAGACUCAAUGUGGAAAAAGAAAUGCGUGUUGCAGUAA